AAGUCUUUAAAGUUCCAGGUCCAGCCAAUCUAUCGGAAUUCUACUGUAAUGAAGGAAUAACCAGUACAUCAAGAAUCGGUCUUCAUUAUUGAUUCCAACGGCACUAUUCCACAUGAAAAGGUCCACUGAAUACAUCUUUCAAAUGUCAACACAGUUAAAUUGGGUCGAUGUUUUGUCCUUCCAUACAUUUGACUGUAGUAAUAACCCUCUAGGACUAUUUGUCACGUGCAUGACAGUCUCACUUGUAUUUAAUUUCCUGCGAUUUAUAGUAAAUUAUUUUCUUCAUGGCUGGAAAAGUUGGGUUACAACAAGUGACAACAAAUUUAGCGGGACAGAAGGACUGACUAUGUUUCUGAUGUGUAUCAAAUUUGGGGAUGGAACCAUGAAAUAUCUUGAUUUACAACAGCGAUCCUUUAUCAUUAAAAGCUCUCUUCUCUAUGCGACAGCGACUUUCCUCAAUUCAACAUACAAAACAUUAGAUCCAAGUCUGAUGUCUUUUAGUACAAUACCUAUCACAAAGUCAUUCAAACACUUCCGGAUACUUACAGUGUAUUUUAUCAUCGCUGCAUUUCCUUUGUACAUAGUGUACAUACUUUAUCAGUCUGUAUGUUUUCUCAUAACUAUUCCGGUGCUAAUAAUGUGUGUGUCUACUAGUUUUCAAGCAUCGACAUCAGUUGCUACUUAUGCAUUGUAUAUAUUAAGUAAUUGUCGAAAAGAUUCCUCAGAAAGUUUGGAUGACACGGUAUACUGCAUUAGAACUACAGUUAAAAUGAUCGACUUUCUAGGUUCCGUUUUUCUUGCCUGCAUAGGAGUGUGGGUAAUCAUAACAGAGGGGCUCAACUGGAUUCAGACCCCAUUGCUUAUUUUGCAUUGCUUUGAUAAUGUUUGGAGGCAAUUACAAUAUGAAAGGAUGUACUUCCUACUGAGAAAAGAAACAACAAAAAAUAUGAAUUCUUUAACAACUGUAAACAUGGCAGAACUCCAUGACCAUGACGAUCUAUGUCCUAUCUGUUACCAGUCAAUGUCCAGUGCUAUGGUUACUCCUUGUGGUCACUUUUAUCACAAUAUGUGUUUAAAGAAAUGGCUAUACAUCAAAAAUACAUGUCCACUUUGUAAUCGGACACUAAUUGCCCUGUCAAAGGAGGUAGCAGUCAUGGAUACCCACACACCAUGGUACUUUCCAUUUUGCAUUCAAAUAGUAAUAGGACCAAGUUCAAUUUAGAUGUUUGAUGCUACAUGUAUUUACUAUUAAUAAAUCAUGA